AUGAGCUCCGUUGCAUCUGGAACUGAAGUUACUUAUUGUUAUUGUGUGUACCAGACUGCAUCGUCUCUGCAUCUAUUGAACGUUCUGGUCCGACUUCAAACGAACUGGUUCUAUGUGCGCUCGAUUUCCUUGAAUUAUAUCAAUACUGUGGCAUUGACACGAAAUGGGAGUCAUGUAUUGGUGCUUUUCUUGGAACUGCAAGGACGAUGUGACGAUCAUAACAGUUUUCAGAUCUACGUCAAAGCGGACUGCACGUUUUUCUUCAUUUCCGCACACGCUUUGCAUGCGAUAUUGAUCUUCUGCUUACUGGAAAGUGUCAGGCUGGAUCACGUUCAUGUUCUCUGCACUGAAAAUUGGGAUACCACCUACAUUUGCUCCCCACACGGACUCAUACAGCCCGAUCAACAUACGAACCCUUGA